AUGUACGCGUCAUCUUCAUUACGUCAAGAACAUCGAGUCUAUAACAACAACAACAACAACGAAUGCCCGAGCAGAAAAGUAGAAGGCUCUCCACUCGAGCUCGGGUUGGAUGGGAACAAGGACAGUUGUUUGAAAAAAGUAGAACGAGAAACCAAUUUGCCUUCAUCUCUCGGAAUGGAAACCUCCAAGAACAGGUCAACUUUAAGCAUCAUCUCUAAAGAAUCUAUUAGUACAACAGACAUGACCAACAAUUGCACAGAAACGAACCAAGAGAGUGCAUGUACCGCGCCAACACCAUCUCCAAAUGAAAUUAUUACAUCAUUGUCUUUGGAGAACAAACCAAAAGACAAAAAAACGGUGCUCCAACAACUGUCAGAAGGUUUUGAUCCAAAAAACUUUAUUACCGACCAAAAGCCGACGAGUCUAGUGGAGAAUGUUCUCACGAAAUUAAUUAUCAGCCCAAAACUGGUGACCAUUGUCUUGAUUGUUCAAUAUUCCUUUCUACUUUUACAUACCUAUCUCUCGCAAGGCACUACAACACUUUUCAUCAUGCUACUGACUUGCGUUGCUGCAUUGCUUAGCAAUUCCAAGUAUAUUGCAGCGUCGUUAUGGGCAGCUGUCGAUUCUGUUGUUGAUGAUGAAACAUCUAAUUAUAGGGAACGAAAUAGAAUGUUGUUUAACAUGGUACUUUUUUCAGUACGAUAUUUUUUACUUGAACCUGCGAAUCGUAUCAUUUUAGUUCCUAUUUAUUUGAUGGUCAUAACUUCUGCCAAUGCAUUGAGGGGAACGUAUGCUAUUUGGGCUUUCCUCCCUCCCUACUACAUUGCUGCGCAUUAUUUUACAAGUGCAUGCUUCAAUUGUGUACAGGUUAUUCUGGAACAAGGACUGUCACAACAUUCUCUCUUGACAGUCUCUCAAAGUAUAUCUAUAAUGUUAUGCAUAUUGUUGUACAGCUUUUAUAUUGUCACGAUAUCCAUUAAUUUGAAAAGUAAGGUUAAAACUUUAGAAAAAACUGGUGACCAAUUAGAGAAAGCUCUUUCAGCAAAGCAAACUUUCUUAAGACAUAUUUCUCAUGAAUUUAGAUCUCCAUGUUUAAGCAGCCUGGGAAGUGUCGAGUUGUUGCGGGAAACUGCGCUCACACCCAUUCAACAAGAGUUGGUAGAUACAAUUGCCUCCGCUGACGGAAUUUUAUUGACUCUUAUUGAGGAUAUUUUAACUCUUGUAAAGCUUGAGUAUGAGCAAAAAUCGGAAAAGAAUGAUUUCUCAUCUAUGGGAUCAUCGAAUCCAUUUAGAGACAUCAAAACGUUUUCACUUGGACAGAGCACCAAAAUAUUGGAAAAUAUCAUCAAAAGCUACGCGAAACAUUUUCGUGUCAAUUUUAAAGUUCAAAUUGAUGAACAAACAAAAUCAACAGUCGUUCGAGGAAAUCAACAACGAAUUCAUCAAAUUAUUACUAAUUUGCUCACAAAUGCUGUAAAAGCAUCAAAGCCAGAUGACACAGUCGAGCUUACUUGUUGUCUUAGUGGACAAUCGAAAACGAGUAAUGGGAACCUGUUGCAACAAGACGUCACAUUUCAAGUCAUGGAUCAUGGAUGCGGCAUUCCAAAAGAAAAGCAACGAAUAAUAUUUGAGCCAUUCUCUCAAUUGCACAAUGUCAAUGAAAGUGUUUAUCCUGGUUCUGGACUUGGACUGAGCAUUGUGUUACAUCAUGUUCGAUCCAUGGGUGGAACCAUUUUAUUGAACUCAGAGAUUGGAAAAGGUUCUACAUUUACGAUCACUCUUCCUCUCGAAGUUGUCACAGCGGAGCACACUGACGAGGCUCAAGUAGACACUCUAAUUCAAAGGCAGCUCUCCAUUCAAGAGGAAUAUUUACGACACAUUUCCCAAUCGGAACAGCAUGAUCGUCCUAUCACACCAAACGCUCAUAUUAUCAUUGCUGACGACAAUUCUAUCAAUCGAAAAAUCAUAUCUAAAUUAAUUGAAAGUAUAGGUUAUGCAGUCGAUUGUGUCAAUGAUGGACAACAAUUAAUUGAGAAUUUUAAUAAGGAUCGUCACAAUAUUGUGAUUACUGACUUGAACAUGCCCAAAUUGAAUGGAUAUGAGGCUGCUAAGAUUUUGAAAGGUAGAAGUCGUAACGUGAAAAUUUUUGCAUUAACCGCUGAUGUUUUAGCUGAGCUACCGUCCACUAUUUUCGAUGCAGUGCUUUUCAAACCCUGUCAAAAAGCAACUCUUAAAGAGCUACUAGAAAAGUUUUAUCCACAUGAAUAG